AUGGCACUGGCCCGUCCUCCCUUGGCCCGACUAGGAUUCUGUGCCUCCACCGCCUGCCGUCGUGUCUGGCGCACAUCAGCGACACUGGCUCCCCCCACUUACAAAGCCCCUCCCUCCUUUUCUUCCCCUCCUCUUUCUCGAGCCGCUCUCAUCUCUAGGCAUUUCUCCUCAUCAUCUCCCACCAUGUCUUAUACCGUCCGCAAGAUCGCUCAGCCUUACACGCUCGAGCACCGUGUCUACGUCGAGAAGGAUGGCGUGCCCGUCUCGCCUUUCCACGACAUCCCCCUCUAUGCCAACAAGGAGGAGACUAUCCUGAACAUGGUCGUUGAGAUCCCUCGCUGGACCAAUGCCAAGCAGGAGAUCUCCAAGGAUGAGUUCCUCAACCCCAUUAAGCAGGACACCAAGAAGGGCAAGCUCCGCUUCGUUCGCAACUGCUUCCCCCACAAGGGUUACCUCUGGAACUACGGUGCCUUCCCCCGCACCUGGGAGGACCCUAACAGCGUUCACGUCGAGACCAAGGCCAAGGGUGACGACGACCCUCUUGACGUUUGCGAGAUCGGUGAGCUUGUCGGCUACCCCGGUCAGGUCAAGCAGGUCAAGGUUCUGGGUGUCAUGGCCCUGAUUGACGAGGAGGAGACCGACUGGAAGAUCAUCGUCAUUGACGUUAAAGACCCUCUGGCCGAUAAGCUUCACGACAUUGAGGACGUUGAGCGUCACCUCCCUGGUCUUUUGCGCGCCACCAACGAGUGGUUCCGUAUUUACAAGAUCCCCGACGGAAAGCCCGAGAACCAGUUUGCUUUCUCCGGCGAGUGCAAGAACAAGAAGUACGCCGAGGAGGUCAUCCACGAGUGCUCCGAUGCCUGGGAGAAGCUUAUUACCGGCAAGACUGCCCCCGGCGAGAUCAGCCUGGCUAACGUCGAGGCUCCCGAGGGUACUGCCAACCGUGCCGACCAGGCUCAGCUUGCUAAGAUCCCUGCCAACCAGGAGAUUGCUCCUGCUCCUAUCGAUGGUACCAUUGACAAGUGGUUCUUCAUCUCCGGCGCUGCUGUUUAA